GGGUCAGGUCGGGUACGUGAUCGCCGGGAUGAAGGACGUGAAAGAGGCUCAGAUCGGAGAUACUCUGUUUCUCCAGACGGAGGCGCCGGUGGAGCCUCUGCCCGGAUUUAAACCGGCCAAACCCAUGGUGUUUGCAGGGAUGUUCCCCGUGGAUCAGUCCGAGUACUCGGGGCUCCGCAGCGCCAUCGAGAGGCUCACACUCAACGACUCCAGCGUCACUGUGCAGAAAGACAGCAGCCUGGCCCUGGGAGCGGGCUGGAGGCUGGGCUUCCUGGGGCUUCUGCACAUGGAGGUGUUUAACCAACGUCUGGAGCAGGAACACGACGCCAACGUGAUCAUCACCGCACCAACCGUCCCCUACAAGGCCCUGCUCUCCUCCGCCAAACUCAUCAAGGAACACGGCAGUGAGGAGAUCACCAUAGUGAACCCGGCCCAGUUCCCAGACCGGUCCCAGGUCUCUCAGUACCUGGAGCCCGUCGUCGUGGGAACCAUUUUAGCUCCGGACGAUUACACCGGGAAGAUCCUGAGUCUGUGCGCGAGUCGCAGAGGAGAACAGAGGAGCCUGUUGUACAUCGACGACCAUCGCGUGAUGAUGAAAUACACGUUUCCCCUGAACGAGAUCGUGGUCGACUUCUACGACCUGCUCAAGUCCAUGUCCUCAGGAUACGCCAGUUUCGAUUAUGAAAACGCAGGAUAUGAAGCUGCAGAUCUGAUCAAGAUGGAGAUUCUCCUGAACGGACGAACAGUGGAGGAGCUCACCACCAUCGUCCACAGGGACCGCGCCUACACGACGGGUAAAUCCAUGUGCGAGCGCCUGAAAGACUCGAUCCCUCGUCAGAUGUUUGAGAUCGCGGUUCAGGCGGCGGUCGGGAGUAAAGUCAUCGCCAGGGAAACGAUUAAAGCGUACAGGAAAAACGUGCUCGCCAAAUGUUACGGAGGCGACAUCACGAGGAAGAUGAAGCUGCUGAAGCGACAGGCCGAAGGAAAAAAGAAAAUGAGACGCAUCGGGAACGUGGACGUGCCCAAAGACGCCUUCAUCAGCGUUUUAAAGAGGAAGGACAAAUAAAACGACAAAAAAACAACGACAAAAACUACAGACGGGAGACGGGACGAGUUUAACAGAGUUUUAAAGACAAAAAAAAGGACAAACAGAAGGAGAAAGAGGAUCAGUGUUGAGGAGUAACAGAUUACAAGUACCGGAGUAAUCAGAGUACAAAUGAUGAGUAACUGUAUUCAGUUACAGUUACUGUUUCAGUGAGUGGGAAUUGGAUUACAGUUACUUUGUUCAAAUAAAUGGAUUACACAGAGAAAUAAACCAGGACUAAACCAGGACUAAACCAGGACUAAACCAGGACUAAACCAGGACUAAACCAGGACUAAACCAGGUCUAA